AUGACGAUGCUCCUGGACGGAGGCCCGCAGUUCCCCGGGCUGGGAGUGGGCAGCUUCGGCGCGCCACGCCACCACGAGAUGCCCAACCGCGAACCGGCGGGCAUGGGGCUGAAUCCCUUCGGGGACUCGCCCCACGCCGCCGCCGCCGCCGCCGCUGCCGCUGCCUUCAAGCUGAGCCCCGCUGCGGCUCACGAUCUGUCUUCGGGCCAGAGCUCGGCGUUCACGCCGCAGGGUUCGGGUUACGCCAACGCCCUGGGUCAUCAUCACCAUCACCAUCACCACCAUCACCAUGCGGGCCAGGUGCCCAGCUACGGCGGUGCCGCCUCCGCCGCCUUCAACUCCACGCGUGACUUUCUGUUCCGCCAGCGCGGCUCCGGGCUCGGCGAGGCGGCCUCGAGUGGCGGGCAGCACGGGCUCUUCGCCGGCUCGGCGAGCAGCCUGCACGCUCCAGCUGGCAUUCCCGAGCCCCCAGGCUACCUGCUCUUCCCCGGGCUGCAUGAGCAGGGCGCCGGGCACCCGUCACCCACAGGGCACGUGGACAACAACCAGGUCCACCUUGGGCUGCGCGGGGAGCUGUUCGGCCGUGCCGAUCCGUACCGCCCGGUGGCCAGCCCGCGCACGGACCCCUACACGGCCGGCGCGCAGUUCCCUAACUACAGCCCCAUGAACAUGAACAUGGGCGUGAACGUGGCGGCCCACCACGGGCCUGGCGCCUUCUUCCGUUAUAUGCGGCAGCCCAUAAAGCAGGAGCUGUCGUGCAAGUGGAUCGAUGAGGCUCAGCUGAGCCGGCCCAAGAAGAGCUGCGACCGGACCUUCAGCACCAUGCACGAGCUGGUGACACAUGUCACCAUGGAGCAUGUUGGGGGCCCGGAGCAGAACAACCAUGUCUGCUACUGGGAGGAGUGCCCCCGCGAGGGCAAGUCCUUCAAGGCGAAGUACAAACUGGUCAACCACAUUCGAGUGCACACGGGCGAGAAGCCCUUCCCAUGCCCCUUCCCGGGCUGCGGGAAGAUCUUUGCCCGCUCUGAGAAUCUCAAGAUCCACAAAAGGACCCACACAGGUGAGAAACCUUUCAAAUGUGAAUUUGAAGGCUGUGACAGACGCUUUGCCAACAGCAGCGACCGCAAGAAGCACAUGCAUGUGCACACCUCGGACAAGCCCUAUAUCUGCAAAGUGUGCGACAAGUCCUACACGCACCCGAGCUCCCUGCGCAAGCACAUGAAGGUUCAUGAAUCUCAAGGGUCAGAUUCCUCCCCUGCUGCCAGUUCAGGCUAUGAAUCUUCCACUCCACCCGCUAUAGCUUCUGCAAACAGUAAAGAUACCACUAAAACCCUUUCUGCAGUUCAAACUAGCACCAGCCACAACCCUGGACUUCCUCCCAAUUUUAACGAAUGGUACGUCUGA